CAUUGGAAAUGUCUGCAAAUUUCUGUUUUCUGGUUACUUGUGUGGUCAAAAAAUUGGAGGCUGAAAUUUGGAUAUUACGUCAGUAUAUUAGAAGCAUUGACUCUAAGAUUUCCGAAGAUGACAAAAAGCAAUUUUAUGAGAUCAGUCUCAAGCGAUACAUAAACCUCUGCAUCAAAUACCAUCAAGCUAUUCUCAGCUCAAUAAGGAAUGUGAACAGCGCCAUUUCAUUCAUGAUGUUUCCGUUCAACAAUGUUAUUGCAGUUAUUGUUGGGAUGAAACUAUAUUUUCUUAUGGAGAGUACAGGCAGCUUAUAUAACAUCACCGAUGUCGGGUCAGCUUUCUUCACCUUUGCCAUCAUUUGCUUCAUGGGUCAAGGAUUAACAGAUGAGAGUGAACAAUUAUUCCACGACUUUACAAUGUGCAACUGGAUUGAAAAGCCUUAUUGGUUCAAAAAGAGUGUAACAAUAUGCAUGACUUGCUCUAUUCGGCUGUUGGGCCUCAGAACAGCUCUCUACACGAUAAACCUCACUAAUGUAGUAAAGGUGCUGCAGGCCACUUACUCUUACGUCAAUCUUUUAUGGAAGUUGAAAUGAAUGUAAAAAUGGUUCUUCUUUAACAAUUAAUAAGUCCAAUUCAAAAUAAUGUUUUGGAAAUUGGAAACAAUAAACACAUAUGUCUCAGAAGUCUCUUGGUUAAUUGAAUUUGAAAUUACCAUAAUCUUUCCUACAGCUAACAAGAGAAAAUAAUAUUGACUAGACUGUUUAAAUUCGAUAUGAGACUUACAGACUUUCAACACUUGUUUGAAACAGCAACCACCACUUCUCCCUGGCAUGAGCGAAAAAGACCAUUCAGGUUCAACAGUCUGUUACAAAUUGAAUUUAUCAAUUUCUAUAAAUAUUCAUUAAUUUUUAAAUUUGAAACCAUGAAUAAUAUUGAAAUCAGCCUAUAAAGAGCUGAAAACCCUAGGGUUAUUGAACAAAAUGUAAUCAAAAACUUUAUUAAAACA